AUGCUCUAUCCGGCCUCUAUUUUGCUUAGAACUCGUUUUUUGAACGAUGAUUUCCAACCUAUAAAGUCUUACAAGAGAUCUUCAGUCUGGUUGAGUGUUGGUGAUGGUAAGAGGAUAUCUUUUUGGCAAGACAAUUGGUUGGGUGAGCCUCUUGCUACUAGUGUUGGAGUAAGUAGCUCUAUUCAACUUCAUGUUAAGGUGAAUGAUGUUAUUGUUGAUUCUCAUUGGGUUCUUCCAGCAUAUUUUAUUUCUUCAAUCCCUCAAGCAGCAGAAAAAAUUGAGCGCAUUGCACUGCCUGAUGCAGACACAUCUGACUCUCUUUUAUGA